CAUGACGUUUAUUUGUUAUUGUACUCCGAUGACAUUCACAUCUGAUACCAUCCAGAACCCAAACAAACUGGAAAAACUAUUCACUAACCGGCAGAAAAUGGUCUAAAAGUGCCGUUAAUAGGAAAGUAGCAAAGUAUACACGAAAUGGCAUCGGUUAAAGUGGCUGUUCGCGUAAGGCCCUUCAACCAAAGGGAAAAGGACUUGGAUGCCCAGUUGAUUAUUCAGAUGAAGGGCAAGACCACGGGCAUUUUAAAUUGCAAGGCGAACACUCGGGAUGAAAACAUCAGGUACAAAGAAUUCACCUUUGACCAUUCGUACUGGUCGCACGACCACCAAUCAUUAAACUAUGCCUCACAAGAGAUGGUUUACAAUGAUUUGGGCACUGAAGUUGUGGACUGUGCCUUUGAGGGCUACAACGCUUGUGUCUUCGCGUAUGGCCAAACGGGCAGUGGAAAAACCUUUACCAUGAUGGGCUCACCAGAAAACCAAGGACUGAUUCCUCGCAUUUGCAAGGCGCUGUUCGACCGAAUGUGCGAAAAUUCGAAACGAGGCACCACACAUCGAGUUCAAGUUAGCUAUCUGGAAAUUUACCAAGAAAGAGUGGCCGAUUUGCUGAUUGACCGGAGGGACAAAGACACGAGCAACUUGAAAGUGAGGGAACAUCCGAAGAAAGGGCCGUACGUACAAGGGCUGACCACCUGUUGGGUGACAAAUUACGGCCAUAUCCAGGAUUGCAUGACCAGGGGAAACUCGCACAGGACUACAGCUUCGACUAACAUGAACGACGUCAGCAGCCGCAGUCAUGCGAUCUUCACCAUCACGUUUGUUCAAGCCAGCUACUGCGAUGGGGUGCCUAGCGAAACCGUCUCAAAGAUUCACCUGGUGGAUCUGGCAGGAAGCGAACGGGCCGAUUCAACUGGAGCCACUGGACAACGGCUAAAGGAAGGGGCUCAUAUCAAUAAGUCCUUAGUCACUCUGGGGUCUGUUAUAUCAGCCCUAGCAGAGUCAUCGACAAUCGACUCAAAGGACCAGGUAGGACAAAAACGGUCCUUUUUCAUCCCGUAUCGAGACUCUGUUCUCACUUGGCUGUUGAAGGACAGUUUAGGGGGCAAUUCGAAGACUAUCAUGAUCGCUGCUAUCUCCCCUGCAGAUUGCAACUAUGGCGAAACACUUAGCACGCUUCGCUACGCGAACAGGGCCAAAAACAUCAUUAACAAACCGACAGUGAACGAAGACCCGAACGUUACGCUCAUCAGAGAGUUGCGUAACGAAAUCAGUAAACUGAAGGCUCUGAUGUUUUGCGAACAGAAGUCCGAUACAUUGGCCCAGCAGAUACACGAAAAGGAGACCAGAGAAAAGGAACUGACGGAAGAAUGGACGGGCAAAUGGCGCGAAGCCCAAGCAAUUUUGCGCGAACAAACGGCACUGGGACUGCGUAAAUCUGGGGCUGGGGUGGUUCUGGAUUCGGAUCGGCCCCAUCUGGUGGCCAUCGAUGAUGAUCCACUGAGCACUGGUGUGACACUUUAUCACUUAAAGGAAGGAAUAACCAGUAUCGGCUCAGGAAGUGCUGACGUUAGACAGGAUAUAGAAUUACGCGGCUCCGGAAUGGAAUCAGAGCAUUGCAGCAUUAUCUUCCAAAAUGGGAUAGCAACUCUUUCACCAAAGCCGGGCGCUUACGUGAUGCUCAACAGCCAAUUAUUGGAGUCUCCCGCUAAGCUAUCGCAAGGCUGCAUCAUAUUUCUGGGCAAAGCCCAUGUUUUCAGGUUUAACGAUCCUGCGGAAGCUGCAGAACUGCGAAAAGGGGAAAAGGCUCACAAUUUAUCCAGGCUGAGCCUGCUCAGCUGGUCCACCCCUGAUCUGGCCCUAUCGAUAGAAAACUUACAAACUGCCGAGGAAGACAAGUCGGAAAUCGAUAUGCAACGCUUGACGCUGGAGAAGGCAAAAGAACAAUUUGAAAGGGAGCAGGAGCAGUUUGCCAAGAGCAAGCAGGCGUUUGAAAAGCGGAAGAAAAGCUUAGAAGAGGCACAAGCCAAACUAGAAAGCGAGAAACGAAUGGCACAACAAGAGUAUGCCGAACAGGCGAAACAGUUACACGAUGACUGGCAAGUGCUGACUGACCAGCAAAAAGACCGGGAAUCGGAACUAGAAAAGAAAGAGCAGGAUUUGAUUAUGCAGAGGGAGGAGCUAGAGAAAGACAGACUGAGAGUUCUGGGAGAGAUUAAUGGAGAAUGUGAUGCGUUGGAGCAAAAGCGCUGUACAUUUUCGUCCAAGUUUCGAAACAUGAGCGACUUGGUUUUAAUGCACGCCAAUGACAUUAGUUUUUCGGAUACUGCAUCCAAACUUUUAUUUCAGGAACUAGCGGCUAAAUCGCAAAAGACACCCCUUUCCAGCAGUGAAGCGGACCGUUUGAUUGAUAUUUUCAAUACUAUUCGGGCACCGGAUGUAAUCCAGAGACUCGUCAACGUUCAUAGGCAGGAACUGGCCGAAUUGCAAGCGGAGAUAACGCGACGGGUGCAGGCUCUGUGUUAUAAGCAAAGAAGCAUGGAACAAAUCGAUCAGAAGCUGAUCAGCCUAGUGGAUGACCAACAAAAUCUCGGCGGCGCUAAGCUGGGACUUACCGAAUUGCAAGCGAUAAAAGACAAUCUGAACAAGAGAACUGGGGAAGAGCUAGACAAAAUCGAACAAAAAAAGCAGGGCUUGACACUGAAUUUGAAGCGAAUCAACUCAGUGGAAGUACAGGUCAGCCCAUCGUCCUCCUCAACCGAACCUAAUACAGCCAAUUCCAACAGCAGCGCAACUUAUCACACUGCGCCCAACAGCUGUGAAUUUCCUACAGAAGAGGGUCUGUCGGUCAUACCUGCUGACCCCCUAAUGAGCGACAGUGGCGUAGAACUUCGACCCCCAUCUGGCCGCAACCGCCACGAGGAAAGCUGCGACGACUUGUCGAGCAAUGAGGGCGUUAUCAGUGAUUCUCAAUCGACCAGUUCGAUAGAAAACCACUCGCCAGUGGCGAAGAAGAACCGACGCAAAGAUGCGGAGACGUUGCGCAAGUUGGCCCAUAAAAUCUCGCAACAGAAGCACUCGAUACUUAGGAAUUUGGAUAACCAAAUACCAAAAGAGCAUUUAGAUAGACAAAUUGCUUAUUUGCAAGAACUUCAACGGCAAUACAUGGCAAUGAAGUACGGUUGUUAUUCGAAUUUAUCUCCGGCUUUGGAGCAUCCAUUGCAGGACAUGGAUAGCCCCAGUCCGAUCAGACCGCUGAACACCGGAUCUACCAGUGCCUUAUAUACAUCUUCCAUCCACGCUCAGAACAAUAGGUUCUACAAUCACUUCAUGUACCGAUCAAUGCCCUCAAUAUCAACUGAUACAGAUUGCGACUCGGUAAUCAGUAUAACCAGUUACUGCCUAAGGGGGGCAGGGUCGAAGACGCAUUAUGAGUACGAGAUUCGGAUAUUGACAAUCGAUGAGCGAUGGAGCGUUUUGCGAAGAUACAGUCGCUUUCGUGAUCUUCACAUAGCAAUGAAGGCUCGUUACAAAGAUAAGGUUAGUGCAAUACCGUUUCCUUCAAGAGUGCUGUUCGCCAACUCGGAUUCAGUGGCCGUGUCCAGGAAGCGCCAUUUGGAACUCUACCUGCGCAGGCUGAUUGAUACUUGCAGAACGCUAUCGACGUGCCCUUUGGCUUAUGGGGGCCCCGUCACCAAGUCGGCGCUCAUCAACUUUUCGCCGUUCUUCCGGAAGGGCGUUUUCGAGAACGGAAAGUAUGGCACAUCAUGAUGGCCGUUGCGGCUUCUAGGAGGCUCAAGUCAAUUCAAUUAUUCGUUUUAAGGCCGUUGCUAUCGCUAAUUUCUUGCCAGUGAUUGAUUGGCUCUGAUCAUAAUUUUACUCGAUGGCUCUAAGUUAGGGCAAUUCUCAACAGUUACCUCUUAAUGGCGUUUGAGCAAGGUUUUUUGCUUGCGGUGUUUGGCACUAAAGCAAUUGUUUCCAUUGUUAGAACCGACCAAGGCUUUGAUAUUCUUUGACAUGUGAUAAGUAGAUAGUUUUAAGGAAAUGUAUUAUAUAUGCUGUGCCUGGAAAAGUUGCCCAUCCGUCCCAAGAGAUCCUUUCUGCGUGGAUUUCCGCUCUUCUUAAUGGUGCUUUCGAUGCGCAAGCAAAAGCGCUUGGAAAAAUGGUAAAGCGGACCAAUACCUGGAUUGGGAGCUUUUCCAGACCAAUCAGCCCUGUUAAGUAUUUCGUAUCUCAGUUGAAACGACUUUCUGUUGUGAAACCUAUUAUUGUUGCAAUAGUAAUCAUAUUUUUUAACGGGAAAAGUAGCGAGAAGCUGGUGUGUUGAAAUAAACUUUCUCUAUACAGUU